GGCUAAUUUGGUGCUACUUUAACAUGGUUUUUUCUUUUCAAUCUUUUCUUUUUCUCAUCUAUCCAUUGUUAUAAUUUCUAUUGAUGUUUCUUUUCUAACUUUUUGUUAUAUAAAUAGUCUCUAUUGCAUUUACUUUUAGACCCACCUGGUACACCUUUUUCUUUUCACUAUUUAGAGAGCUCUUCUUUCUUCUAGUUCCUUCUUGGUAAAGAGUAUAAUGGGUUUGUUUCUCUCUCUUUCUUUAGCACUCAUUCUCUGUUUGUGCCAUGGUUCAACUAAUGCUGCUGUUCCUCUUCAGCCUAAGCCUCUUGAUGGGCUUGUGCCGAAUGGAAACUUUGAGGAGGGACCAGCAAAAGCAAACCUAAAGAAAACAGUAAUCAUAGGAAAAUACUCACUUCCAAAGUGGGAAAUCAAUGGCUUAGUGGAGUAUGUCUCAGGCGGGCCACAACCAGGUGGGUUCUACUUGGCCAUUCCUCGUGGGGUCCAUGCAGUGAGGUUAGGCAAUGAGGCAACCAUCUCUCAGAAUUUGAGUCUGAAGCCAGGCUCUUUCUAUACCUUAACAUUUGGGGCAACUAGAACUUGUGCCCAAGAUGAGGUGCUAAGGGUAUCAGUCCCUGGCCAAUCCAGUGACCUUCCUCUUCAAACCCUUUACAGCAGUAAUGGUGGUGACACUUAUGCCUUGGCCUUUAAAGCAGCUUCCAAAGUUGUUAAGCUCACAUUUCAUAAUCCAGGUAUCCAAGAGGACCCUACAUGUGGCCCUCUUUUGGAUGCUGUUGCAAUCAAAGAAAUGCUGCCUCUCAAGUAUUCCAAAGGUAACCUAGUGAAGAACGGUGGAUUUGAAACUGGACCACAUCUGUUCAAGAACUUCUCAACCGGAGUACUCCUCCCAUCAAAGCAGCAGGACCUAAUUUCACCACUCCCUGGCUGGAUAAUUGAGUCCUUGAAACCUGUAAAGUACAUUGACAGGAAGCACUUCUGUGUCCCGUCAGGAUUUGCCGCAAUCGAAUUGGUAGCAGGAAGAGAGAGUGCAAUAGCACAAGUAAUCAGGACAGUUCCUGGGAAAUCAUACAACCUUACAUUUACCAUUGGAGAUGCAAAGAAUGGAUGCCAUGGAUCAAUGAUGGUUGAAGCAUUUGCUGGUAAAGAAACAUUGAAACUUCCUUUUGAAUCACUCGGGAAAGGUGGAUUCAAAACUUCAAGUUUCAAGUUCCAAGCCAUUGCUGCUAGGACAAGGAUUACAUUUUACAGUGCUUAUUAUCAUACAAAAUUACAUGAUUUUGGUCACAUGUGUGGUCCUGUUCUGGAUGAUGUUAGAGUUUUUCCUCUUCCUUAUUAGUCAGACUUAAUAGUUUAUGGUAAUUUCAGAAGUGUGGUUAUGAUUUUUCUCUCUCUA